AUGGAGCUCAGUCAACUUCCUCUUGUGCUCUUGCUGAUUUCAAACAUCCACUCUGAAGACACUGAAGAAAACCCUAAAGCCAAUUUGACUAUUACUCCUGAUCUGCAUGUGUUCAGAAGAGAGUCAGUCACUCUCAGAUGUGACAUUAAUGCUGAUGGAGUCUCUAGCUGGCAGUACAGCUGGUAUAAAGAAGGUUCAGAUUAUGCAUUCAGUGAAUUACAAGAAUACACGUUAUGGUUUAUUACUGAGUCUGACGCAGGUAAAUACUCCUGUAUUGGCACUGAGAGUAAAGGUUCACGCAGAUCACUAAUGAGUGAUGCAGUUCCACUGACAGUAUCAGCCCAGACAGCUUUAAGUGUUUCUCCACAGAACUGGUUGACUGAAGGAGAUUCAGUGACUCUGAUCUGUGAGGUUCACGGCUCCUCUACAGGCUGGACAUUCAGCUGGUACAUCAGAACUCACAAGGGCUAUCAUUAUAAGCUGCUCUCAGACAGUAGUAGAGGAGCUGGAGGAAAAUACACUGUCAGUUCUGUUGCUCUAAAACACACAGGAGUUUAUGUGUGUGAAGCAGAGAGAGGAAAAACAGCCUAUAAAACAGCUAUAAGCAACACACAGCCACUGUGGGUCACUGGUGUUUCUCCUCCAGACUCUCUGGUCAUCAGACCCAGCAGAGCUCAACACUUUACAUCUGACUCUCUUUCUCUGAGCUGUGAAGACAAGAGUAACUCUACUGGAUGGAGAGUCAGAAGAUACUUAGACAGCGGGUGGAUGAGUGAUUGUUUAUUACAAACAGGAUCUACAUGUACAAUCAGCUACACCACCACAUCAGACACUGGAGUUUACUGGUGUCAGUCUGAGUCUGGAGAGAAUUAUAAUCCUGUUAAUAUCACUGUACACUCUGGUGUGAUUCUGGAGAGUCCUGUUCAUCCUGUGACUGAAGGAGAUACUCUGACUCUACAAUGUUUAUAUAAAUCUACAACUCCACCAAAUCUCACAGCUGAUUUCUAUAAAGAUGGAUCACUCGUCCAGAGUCAAACCUCAGAGAUGAUCAUCACUGCUGUCUCAAAGUCACAUGAGGGUUUCUACUACUGCAAACACACAGAAGGAGAGUCACCCAAGAGCUGGAUCUCAGUCAGAGUUUCUCCAUCAGCCUCGAGAUCUGAUGGUGUCGAUCCUGUGAUUAAUGGAGUGACUGCAGGACUUUCUGUCCUUGUUUUGAUCAUCAUCUUCUUGGUUCUGCUGUGCUGCUACAGACACAAGAAAGGUGUAAGAUCUCCGUCUCCCUCUAGUGUCAGUCAGACAUCACAGCAGAAGCAGAGUGAAGCGGGACACCAGACACUGCUCUCUGGAACUACUCUUAAAGACAGAAGCAGCACCGAAACUGCACAUACAUAUGCAACAUAUGAAGACAUAUGCAACACAGACUGUGAAAGUGGAGCUGAACUCACCUAUGCUGAGGUCCAUCUCAAAUCUACAAAGAAAAUGAAGGAAAACACAGAUAAAGGGAACAACCCUGAGAAUUCUGACUGUGUUUACUCUAAACUGAAGCUGGAAACACAUCAGAGUGCUGGAUCUAGUGAUGGGACGUAUGCUCAGGUUAAAUAAAUUUCAGUGCCAGGGGGCCGAUGAGUUUAGCUUGCAAUAUUUAGCUUGCAAUAUUUAUAUUUGUAAUAUUAUUGUUUGUUACUUGAUGUAUUAUGAUGGCAGUCCUGACAUGUUGUCUCGCUGUGCUUGAGGAAAUUAUCAAAAGCAUGCAUAUAUUGUUUAACCAUUAGAUAUUUUGCAGUUUAUAUAAUUUAUGCUAAUCAUUGUAGUUCUGAUGCUUUUGCUUUGAUUUAACUUGCUGAGCUUACAAGGUUAUUAAAAGUGUACUUUGGGGAUUCAAUAUUUUUAACUAAGUAGGUUUUGAGCUAUUGACUACACUAUACCUAACAAAAGUCUUGCCGCAUAUCAAAGUUUUAGGAACAACAAACAAUAACUUGACUUCUAGUUGAUGAUUUGGUAUCAGAAGUGACUUUUAUAAAAGGCAAAGGCCUCUA